GAGGGGCGGAAAAAGAAAGAAAGAGGGAGGGAAAGAGAGGACAAAAGCGGGUUCUAAGGACAUAAAGAAGAAAAAAAACAUUCUUUAUAACAAUCUCCAAAUAGUUUGGCAUAGGAAGGCCCAGGAUUUGUCAGCAAGGGAGAGUAGCUGAGCUGUAUCUGCAGGGUUCAAAGUCCCCCUGGGCGAUGGAUGCUACGCCACGACUCCGGGCGUAGGUCCCAGUGAGAUAAGAAGUGCGUGGUAAGAUGCAGGUUGCUGCGUGGCUGGUGUGGGCGUCCUGGCUGUACACUCUGGCAGAAGGCCUGCAUCCCUGUCAGCUCCAGUGCACCUGUCCCCCGGAGCCGGGGCAGGAGCCUGGCCAGGUGGAGAGCUCUGUCACCCUGCCCCGGGAGCGCAGGGAACAUGUCCGGCAUCGACCCGAGCGCAGGCAGCCUCCUCACAGGAACAGGGCCCACCGCAGGAAAGGGUCCCGUCUGAGGGCCGAGGAGGCCCCUCGUAUCGUGCACCACCCCUCCGACGUGGUGGUGCAGGCGGGCAGCCCCGCCACCCUGUCCUGCCGAGCCCAGGGAAGCCCCGAACCCUCCAUCCACUGGCUGCGCAACGGACAGCCCCUGGAGAUUGACAAGCUGGAGAGCCAAUCCCAGCCCAUCGUGCUGUCGGAGGGCAGCCUGUUCUUCCUGACCGUGGUCCCGGGAAGGCGGGGCCAGUCCCAGGAGGGCGUGUAUGCCUGCGUGGCGAGGAACAGCGCGGGCAGGGUGACCAGCCGUAACGCCUCGCUCUACAUCGCAGCUCUGCAGGAAGAUUUCCGGGUGCAACCAGCUGAUUUGGAGGUGGCGGUGGGGGAGGUGGCCAUCCUAGGGUGCAGCCCCCCGCUGGGGCACCCUGAACCCAACGUAACCUGGCGCAAGGACGGAGUCGCCAUCAACAGCUCCGACCAGCACUACACCGAGCUGAACGGGAAGCUGAUCGUCACCUCGGCCCAGAAGAGCGACUCUGGCGUGUUUGUGUGUGUGGCCUCCAACACGGUGGCGGUUCGUGAGAGCAGAGCAGCGCGGCUGUCUGUGCUUGCUCAGCCAGUGCUGGUCAUGGGGCCGGAGGAUGUGCUGGUCCGGGCCGGGGAGUCGGCUCACUUCUACUGUGAGGUGCGUGGAGACCCCACGCCUGCUGUGGAGUGGAGCAGAGAGCAGGGCCCGCUGCCCAAUGGCAGGUAUUUAGUGAACCCAGACCAGAGCCUGCAGAUCCACUACGUGACGUCCCAGGAUGCAGGCCGGUACACCUGCACGGCGGUCAACGAUGUGGGCGUGGUCACUGCCAGCGCACAGCUGCUGGUGGAGGACGCAGCCAGCAGCAGGCAGAGGGAGCUGCACAAAGAGCUGUCCAGCCUGCGCGUGGUGCUGGAGAACGUGACGGAGAAGACACCGGGUUCCAACACCACCCUGCUGCAGUGGAAGCUCCAGACCCUACUGUCCCAGCCACACUUCCUGGAGGGGUUCGAGGUGCUGUACCGCUGCCUGCUGCCCGCCAGCUCCGACUGGGCGGCCCUGAGGGUGGCACUGCCCUCCUACCACGCCCAGGUGGGGCCCCUGAAGAGGGGCUACCAGUACGAGUUCAAGGUGCGCCCGUACGGCAGCAGCCUGUACGGCCGGGAGAGCAACAGCCGGCACCUGAGGGUCCCAGAGACAGCCCCCAGCGCCCCCCCCCAGCGCGUCUCUCUCACCAUGACCCCCGACCGCAACGACACGGUCCACCUCAGCUGGGACCCUCCCCCUCACGACGCUCACAACGGCAUCAUCCAGGGAUACCAGGUGUGGUGCGUGCAGGCUGAGCAGGUGCUGAACUGGACGGUGGAUGGAGGGCAGCACAGCCUGGACCUGCCCGGGCUCCAGGGGGGGCUGCAGUACCUGGUCAGCCUGGCUGCCCUCAACGGGGCUGGGGUGGGACUGAGCACGGAGCCCUACAGGCUGAGCAUAGACUCCCAGCCCCCAGGCUCUGCGGGGGCCCCAGCAGGAGGAGGGGGGAAGGGGGUCCUGGCUGUGCUGGGGGACCCUGUGUUCAUCGGCAGCGCUGGCGCCCUCCUGUGGUGUGUUCUCAUGGUGACGGCCAUCUGCCUCUACCGUCGCCACCGCCGCCCAGAACGCCUGGCCCGCCGCCACGGCAACGCUGAAGGUCUGUUCAGACUGGCUAGUGAGGACCUCAUCAUCAAACACAGGAUGGCGGCGCCCGACUCUCCGUGGAUCUCCGCGGCCUGGCGCCAGGCCCAGCGGGAUGAGCGGGCCCCGGGCUCCUGGCCCCAGAGCCAGGAGCCCCCGGGCUUCAGGAAGACCACGUUGCCCACGGUGACCAGGAAGGCCCCCGGUGGCCAGGGCGGGGCAGUCCCCAUCGUGCCUGACAGCUGUGGCGUGUACGGCACCUUCUACGUGGACCUGAUGGGCGGCGGCCUGAAGACCUUCCACAGCCCCGCCCGCUGUCCCAGGAUGCCGCACUGCAGCCUGCAGCAGGCGGGCGAGACGCUGAGGAUCUCCCAGGCGGUCGCUAAGACAACCCUGCGGGAGGAGGGGCAGGCGUUGCCCUGGAAACAGGCCCUGCCAUCCCAGCCCAGGAUGGGUGUUCACAAGGACUCAUGGGAGAAGAACAACAAGCGAGAGCUGCAUGCGGUGAAGAGCGCCCCUAUGGCGCCCUCUAGGGGCCUGGCAGUCAGGAACGUGUCUCAGGCCUACAAACACAGACUGGGCCACAAGCAGUCAGGUGUGUGUGAGGGGGACCCCAGCCUGUCUCCUCGUCUCCUCCACUACUCCGCCUCCCUGCAGCUGGUGGACCUGCUGCCCAGACCCCCCCCGCUGCCCGUAGACGACACCACCGACACACACAGCCUCAGCUCUGAGGAGGGGUCCAGCCGCUCCACCAGGCUGACAGUAGACCUGCUCUCCCUGCAGUCCACCUGUGCUGCCUCGGGUCAGGCCCCCUCGCCCUCCCCCUCCACCGGCUGCCCCUCCUACAGCAUGCUGUCCUCACACUGCCCCUCCUCCUCAUACUGCCCCUCCCCGGAGCAGCAGGAAGUCCUGGAGAGCUCACAGGAAGUGACCCGGUACCUGGAGCUGAGGCCCAGGGUGGAGAGCGAGUCGUCAGACCCCCCCUCCUCUCGGCCCUUCUCCCCCACCCCCACACUGGGCUACAUCUACGGGCCCCUCCCCUCCGACCACCUGGGCGUCGCCCCCGACGACCCCGAGGCCCGGCCAAUGGGCUUGCGGCGUGCCCGUCUCCGGAGCACGCCCUCGUCGUGCGGCAGCGAAUGGGAGGGCUCGCUGUGGAACGGCUGGGGGUCCGUCUCCGAGGGCAACGGGGCGAGCGCCCGGGCCAGCCUCAUCAGUUCCUCUGACGGCUCCGUCCUGAACGACGCCAGCUUCGCCCGCAUCCUGGCCGCCGCCGUGUCGGAGAGCACCGCCUCCUUCUCUGACUUCUCCCCUCCCGCCUCCCCCCUCAGCGCCCUGUUCCCCCCAGCACGAGGCGAGGCAGCGCGAGGCGAGGCAGCGCGAGGCGAGGCAGCGCGAGGCGAGGCAGCGCGAGGCGAGGCAGCGCGAGGCGAGGUGGGGGAGUGUUUCGGGGAGCUGGACCCCAUGCCUGUGUGGGACUGGAGCACAGCAUGGGUGGAGGAUAUGGAGGCCCAGUACCGCGCCCUGUACCCCCCCACCUCCCCCUCCACACCCACCUCCACCUGCGACACCUGGGGCCGCCUCCGGAGCCAGCGGCAGGGGGGCGGGGGAAGGGGGGCGAGGGGGAGGGGGGGCGAGGGGGCCGGGGGGGUGAAACCACAGAGAUGAAGCGUUGAUUGACCGAGGCCUGAUUCCAGUUCAGUUCAGCGUCCGGGAGGGAUGGAUGUUAAACUCACAACCGGAAGAAGUCCUAGGGACUGUCAAGUCAGGAAUGGAGCUAGUUGGUUUAUAGUUCUCAUCGCUGCUUCCUGCUUCCUGGUGGCCAAACCCAAUGUGGCUGACCUGGACUCAGUUUCCCAGAAUACCUCAGGACGUCCCGUCUACUUCCUGUCUCCAUGUCUAACUUGUACAGCUUUUUUACUUUAGUUAAAGAAAGGAUUAUUUUAUUUUUAGUUGACCAUAAAUAAAUAUGAAUAAAAUCUUGUCUUAUAACUUCCUUUUCAAACAUUUAGGAAGAGCUAAUGAUCUGCAUUGUCAACACAGGUGCUUUCAUGAUUGGAUUGGUCCUAUUAUACCGCCAGAGCAAAUCUAUACAGACCUUUACUGAUUAAUUGCAAUAGUUUGUACAUAUUUGACCAAUUUAUUUAAUGAACCACAAACACUGUGACUUUUCAACCCAUCUUUUUAUAAUUUUUCUUUCUGAAACAACUUUUUAAUCUAGAAAUCUUAAGUAGAUCAUUUGUAUUUUUUGGGAUGUUACUUGCCUUUACAUGUCGGCUCCAUUCUCAGUUUAUACGUAAACUAGCCCACAUAGAGGAGUGGUUGGACAUCUAAAAGAUUUUCCCUACUGAUUUGAAACUAAAUUAAACUAGCUCUGCAUUUUACAUUAGUUUCUCAUUGAUUUGUAUCCUCUCUGUUGUAAAAUUCUGCUAUAAUUAGAUGUUUACCUUUUAUAAAGACUAUGUAAGAAUAGGUUCAGUGGUACUGAACUAAUUAUUGUCUCAACGGACACUACCUGACUAAAUGUUUAUAUUCGAUGCUUAACUAACCCAGUGUCUUGUCUUGAUGCCUUAAUAAUAAAUCAAACAAGUCAGAUAUGUUGCA